CAGCUAUUUCGCACCUGGAUUCGCCCACAGUUGGGACCAAAGCCUAUACUCUGCGUACCAAGGUAGAACUCGUCGAGCUCUAUCGAAUGGAGACCCUUUUGACUCAAUUCCACCUUUGGAUCCCCUCUUAAAGGGCAAAUCCAGGCCAGAAUCUGGGUUUCCAAGGUAUUUCGCACCUGGAUUCGUCCACAGUCGGGAUCAAAAACUUUACUAUAUGGACCAAGAUAGAUCUCGUCGAGCUCUAUCGAAUGGUCACCUUUUCAGCUCGAUUCGACAUUUGGAUCCCCUCCGAAAGGCAAAUCUUGAUUCUUUUACACUUUAGAACCCCAGGCAUCUGAUUGGUCACAACACAAGCACAAAAGUGCGGAUGAGGGUGAGAAAGUUGAUUAUUUGGGGUCCUAAAGUGUAAAAGUUCCCAUUGGUCUUCCUGAAGAUCGUAUCAGACAAAGUUUUGAACAAUAUGGACCUAAUGGUAAUUUAAAUAUAUCUAUCAUACAUAUUAUUCAUAUUUUCUAUAUAGAAUUACCAGUUGAAGAGAAUAAAUCAUUAUGGAAACUUAUUUUAGACCAGUUCGAUGAUCUUCUGGUCAAAAUUUUACUUGCUGCUGCUUGUAUAUCAUUCGUCUUAGCCUUAUUUGAAGAACAUAAAGAAGAAGAUAGUCUUGUAGCAACUUUUGUUGAGCCACUUGUUAUUUUUGUUAUUCUUAUUGCAAAUGCAGCUGUUGGUGUAUGGCCAGAACGAAAUGCCGAAAGUGCUAUUGAAGCAUUAAGAGAAUAUAAACCUGAAAAUAGCUCAUGUUAUUCGACAAAGUCGACUGGGAUAUGUUUAACAAAUUAA